AUGGGGGAGCUGCGCGAGCUGGAGGGCAGCGCGCUGCGGCGGCUGCUGCUGCUGCGCCGCGAGCCGGGCUCGGAGCCGGAGCCGGGCUCGGACCCGGGGCGCUGCCCGGCGGCGCCGCCGCCGCUGCUGCUGGACUGCCGGCCCUUCCUGGCGCACAGCGCCGGGCACAUCCGCGGCGCGCUCAGCGUGCGCUGCCACAGCAUCGUGCGGCGCCGCGCCAAGGGCGCCGUCAGCCUGGAGCAGGUCCUGCCGGCCGGGGCCGGGGCCGAGCUGCGCGCCCGCCUGCGCGCCGGCCUCUGCCCCGCCGUGGUGCUGUACGACGAGCGCAGCGCCCGCGCCGAGAGCCUGCGGCAGGACAGCACCGUCCGGCUGGUGGCGCGGGCGCUGCGCCGCGACACGGCGCGCGCCGACAUCCGCCUGCUCAAAGGAGGCUACGAGAGGUUUUAUUCAGAGUACCCAGAAUUCUGUGCAAAAACAAAACCCCUGAGCAGCAUUUCUCCACCGAGCAGCAUGGAGCCCAUCGAACUGGGGUGCAGCUCCUGUGGGCCCCCCCUGCAUGAUCAGGGAGGCCCAGUCGAAAUCCUUCCCUUCCUCUACCUUGGCAGCGCGUAUCAUGCGGCCCGGAGGGACAUGCUGGACACACUGGGCAUCACAGCCCUCUUGAACGUCUCGUCGGACUGUCCCAAUCACUUUGAAGGACACUAUCAGUACAAGUGCAUCCCAGUGGAGGAUAACCACAAGGCUGACAUCAGCUCCUGGUUCAUGGAAGCAAUAGAGUAUAUCGACUUGGUGAAGGACUGCCAUGGCCGGGUGCUGGUGCACUGCCAGGCUGGCAUCUCCCGCUCUGCCACCAUCUGCUUGGCCUACCUGAUGAUGAAGAAGCGCGUGAAGCUCGAGGAGGCCUUUGAGUUUGUCAAACAGCGCAGGAGCAUCAUCUCCCCUAACUUCAGUUUCAUGGGUCAGCUGCUGCAGUUUGAGUCCCAAGUACUGGCGACCUCCUGUGCUGCUGAGGCUGCCAGCCCCUCAGGAGCGCUGAGAGAACGGGGCAAGGCCUCCUCCACGCCGACCUCCCAGUUCGUGUUCAGCUUUCCGGUCUCCGUGGGCAUGCACACGACCCCCAGCAGCCUGCCCUACCUGCACAGCCCCAUCACCACCUCACCCAGCUGUUAGCGCCUGGCACUAGCCAAGGCACCGGGCAGUGCCUUCAGCAGGAGGGAUGCUGCCCUCCCAGCCGCCGCCAGCCACGAGACUGCAAGAACUGACGGCAUCUCUGGCCAGCCCCGCCACUCUCACCUUCACACUGAGCAAUAAGGGCUGGUCUGCCGCUGGCUUCAGGCUGCCUGUAGGGGUCCUUCUUUUCACAGAGAAACUUCUUACCUCAUAACUUUUUUUUUUUUUUUUUUUUUUUAGCAGUAAGGCUUGAAGUUGUGAAUUCCACAAAUCCUGACAACCUGUCUGACCAGUUUCGUUUUGGGGGAGAAAAUUACAAUUUCCCAAAGUGCCUGUUUUUUUAUUUUUUUUCCCCUAACAGUUCUUUAAUUCCACCCCCAAAAACAAACACCCAGCAGAAAUAUUUUUAACAUGGGCAGGAGACUUCUGGUUUUAAAACAUGGACUUGCUAAACUCAAAGUUUGAGACCAUGAGAUUUAUUGCAGUGCUUUCCUCUGAGUAUUGAAAUGCAACAUUUAUGUUGUCAGUGAUGAUUCUAUAACCUCUUUAUGUUUUAACUAUGAGCACAACAGCAUGCAGGUCUCAAAGCAGCUAGAGAACAAAUGAUCUUAUCCCACGCCUGCAAGGACAAGCAUGGGGCUACUGUACCAUUCUCCUGUCAGGGGACAGGGAUUAACAUGUGCAUUUCCAGGCUGAACACGAGUUCAGAUCACUCAGUCACUGCGCCAUGGACUCUUCCAUCCAAGGAACACUCUCUGUGCAUCAUGGGUAGCUCAUAGGGGUAGUAUCCUGUCUCCUUCCUAGCCCUGCUUGUAUCUUGCAUCAGGAAAGGGGUGGUUUCUUUUCUUGGCCAAUGCUUGUACACAUGCGUUGCACUCAUCACACUCAGCUGGAACACUGUGUGCAUCUUGGCAUGAGCUGAUGGUGACUCUGGGCCAAGGCUCCUGGAUGCUUUCUUGGGCUCCAUCCUCUGAGGAUAUAAGGUAACAGGGCCAUGCUGGGAAGCUUGUGACCAGGGCAUGCUCUGGUGAUCAGUAAUUCAUAAGCAUCAGUGACAGUAGGGUGCUGCUCUGACUGGUUCAAAAAUGUUAUUCCCCAAUUCAGCAUAGCCUUUUUAUCCACUUGAGCAGCGUUCUUUCUCCAGGAGGGAAGAAUCUCUGUCCUACCUGUAGAUUCAGCAGGCCUUUCCCCCUCUGAAUGUACAGUGCAGGUGGGUGUGGAUGGUGUCCGUCAGUGGGCACCCACCCUUUAAAGCCAUGAGUCUACAAUGCCCUGCUCCAACCAGUAAUGAAUCCAGCUCUACUAAGACUCUAUCCUGCCUGAGCCUGCAUUUGCUGGUUAGGUGGUUAUUAGCUUUUUGUCCCCUUGUCAGUGUCCCUAGCAUCACUCCAGCUGCAUGCAGAUCCCGGUCCCCUUGGCAUAACUCCCAUGUACUUCAUUGAGAUCUGGGGCUAACAAGGUACAUCUACACUGCCCAAAAAACCCCAGGAACCCUGCAGCAGCGAAUCUCAGAACUCAGGUCAGCUGAGUUGGGCUUGGGCAGGGGGGGGGGGGGGAAAUGAACAGCUGUGUAGACAUUCUGGCUUGGGCUGGAGCCUGGGCUCUGAACCCUGGGAGCUCUGAGCCUCCCUACCACAAGUCAGGGUUUGAGUGGUGUAGAGACAACCCUGGGGUCCAUGGCAGCAAGCCCAAUUUUCCAGCCCAACAGAUUGAAAUAAAAAACAAAGCAGCAGCUAAUGGAGGUAUUUCCUCUGCUGUGGCUGGGAUGCGGGACAAUUCUGGCCACUUGGGCACAAACCUUCCCUUGCCUUCCUGGCAGUGUUUAUUUCUCCAUGGGAUUUGUGCCUUAGGCCUGGUCUACACUGCGGGGGGAGGUCGAACUAAGGUAUGCGACUUCAGCCACGCGAAUAGCGUAGCUGAAGUUGAACUACCUUAGUUAGAACUACUUACCUGUCCUCACGGCACGGG